AUGUUUAGUCGUACAUCUCUCAAGAUUACAUCUUCUCCUCAGUCAUCAAAGAUAUGCUCAUUUUGCUGGGAGGGUUGUUUUACCGUCGAUUUUUAUUCUGCUUCUUUACCCUCCCCUUGUGGAUUGGACUGUUGCCGACACUAUGUGAUUCACGCACUGAAAAAAUUGUCCUUUGUGGAGCAAGCUACAGAACAACAAAUUCUUGUCACUGGUAUCAAGGUUGUCGACCUUCUGGCACCUUACCAGAGAGGAGGGAAGAUUGGUCUUUUUGGUGGUGCUGGUGUUGGAAAGACUGUACUUAUUAUGGAACUGAUCAACAAUGUUGCAAAGGCCCAUGGUGGUUUCUCUGUCUUUGCCAGCGUAGGAGAACGUACACGUGAGGGUAACGAUUUAUACAGAGAGAUGAUUGAAAGUGGUGUCAUCAAGCUAGGAGAUAAGCACCAGAGAUUGAACAAGUGCUUGAACAAUAAUGUCGAGGGCUCGGUCGACAGCAAGGUACGAGCGCGACAUUCCGACAACGACCGGCGAGUGAAGACUGAAGCGGACGAAUUUUCUCCGGUAGUGUGGGCUGCGUGUUCUGAAGGGGACGACGGCGAGUGA